AUGUCAAAUCCACAUCAUUUUCUAAAUAUACCAGCUAAAAAAGCUUUUGAUGUACCUUUAUCAACACCAAUUAAAAAUUUUAUUAAAGCAACAUUCGGUGAUAAAGAAGAUCAUUCAGCAGCUGUUGAUGGAUUAAAUUCAUUACGAGCUGAAUCAUUACUUCGUAGUAAUUAUAAAGAAGAUAUUUCAAAAUUGUUACGUUAUUAUGAUCAAUUACAUGCCAUUGAAUAUAAAUUACCAAUAACAGAAAAUCAAAUACGAAUCUAUUUUAAAUGGCAAGAUGCACUUGUUGGUGGAGGUGGUUUAUUUGGUGGUAAACAAAAAACAAAUGGUUCAUGGAAAUUAGCAUUUGAAAAAGCAUGUGUAUUAUUUAAUAUUGGUUAUGCUUAUAAUGAAUUAGCAUUAGCACAAAAUUUAUCAAUAGAUGAACAAAUGAAAAUGGCAUUAAAAUAUUUUCAAUUAUCAUCAGGCAUAUUUUCAUUUUUAAAAGAUUAUGUUAAUGCAAAUGCAUUAUCAGAUGUAUCUAUUGAUUUCGAACCAGCAGUUUUAGCAUGUAUUUCAUGGUUAAUGUUAGGACAAGCAGCUGAACUUGUUUAUGUAAAAUCAGCUAGUCUCAAAGAUGAUAUUGCAGCUAAAGUUGCAGCACAUGCAGCUGAUUGUUACAAAGAAGCUUAUACAUCAGCAAAAACCGAAAGUGCAAAAAAGGUCAUUCCUGAUAAUUUUACUAAUGUUAUGUUUGUUAAACAUUUAUUAUUUCAAUCAAAAACUGAAUAUCAUGCAGGUAAACAAGCUCAAGUUGAUCGAAAAUAUGGUCUUGCUGUUGUUCGAUUCGAUCGUGCAAAAGAUCUUGCUGAUCAAGCUGUUAGUAAAUCAACAACAGCUUCAUUUACACCAGCACUUCGUGCUAAUCAAGAUGAGAUUGCUAAAUCAGCAGCUGUAGCACACAAAGAUAAUGAUUUUGUUUAUCAUGAACGAUUACCAGAUUCAAAAUCACUUGAAACAAUUUUAGCACAACCAAUUGCUAAACCAUUACCGGUUACAUUUCCAUUAACACAUGAUUUUCGAGAUUUAUUUGCUUCACUUGUUCCAAUUGCAUUAAAUAAUGCUUUAGCAGCAUUUAGUUCAAAACGAGCAGAAAUAAUGAAUCUUGAAGUUAAUCGUUUACGAGAAGCAACCAAUGUAUUGAAUUCAUUUUUGGCUUCACUCAAUUUACCAGCUGCAAUUGAAGAUAGUGGUGGUCGUCAAAUUCCACCAUCACUUAUUGAAAAAGCAAAUGAAAUUAAACGACAAGGUGGAAUUAGUACAUUAGAAAAAAUGGUUAAUGAAUUACCAACAUCAUUAAAUCGUAAUAAAGAAAUCUUAGAUGAAACUAUUCGUAUGUUAGAUGAUGAAGAACGAGGUGAUACAGAAUUACGUACUCAAUUUCAAGGACGUUGGACUCGUACUGUAUCAUCAACAUUAACAGUUCCAUUACGUGCUGAAGCAAAAAAAUAUAUGGAUAUUAUACAGAAUGCUAUUAAUGCUGAUAAAAUUGUACAAGAAAAAUAUCGAAUGAAUCGUGAUUGCACUGCUUUACUUAGUAAACAAACGCAUGAAAUUGCCAAUGAACUUCCAUCAUCAUCUGCUGCUGGUGCUUUACGUGAUGCAUAUUCAGUACGUGAAUUACAUCGUUUAAUGGAUACUGUCGCAGGAGUAAAAGCUGAACGUGAAGUGAUUGAAUCUGAAUUAAAAAAUACAGAUUCGGAUAGUGUUCGUGCACGUUUAAUUGCUGCUUUUCAACAAGGAAAUCAUAGUGAUGAAAAUAGUGUUGUUGUUCAUGAAAUUGAAUCACUCUAUACACCAUUAAGACAACAAGUGAAUGAAAGUGUUUCAAAACAAGAACAACUUGUUGAAAAUAUUCGUCGUGCACAUCAACAAUUUCAAACUGAAAAACAAGGAAAUGCAUCAUCGGAAAUACGUGAAGAAAUGAUGAAAAAUUUAGCUCGAGCAUAUGAUGCUUUUCAAGAAUUAUUAAGUAAUUUAAGAGAAGGAAUAAAGUUUUAUAAUGAUCUUACACCAUUAUUACUUAAAUUUCAAAACAAAGUAUCCGAUUUUGUCUUCGCACGUAAAACAGAAAAAGAAGAUUUAAUGAAAGAUAUUCAACGAGGUAUUGUUGGCGGAAAUGCUCCAAAAGCACCACCACCAGCACAACAACAACAACAAACAACAACACCAGCUUAUCCAUAUGGUACUGCUCCACCAUAUCCAACGCAACCAUCAGCUCCAGUAACUGGUGGUCAAGCACCACCAACAGUACCGGAUGGUUCAGCAUUGCCUUAUCCUGGUGCUUAUAUGCAACCAUUCUUUCCUAUGCCAGCUAGUUAUAAUCCAUAUAAUCCAUUUUUUAAUCAAAUGGCUCCUCCUUAUCCAACGGCUGGUGCCCCACAAUAUCCAAUGGCUGGUGCUAAUCAAUAUCCAAAUGCUGGUGCUCCACAAUAUCCACAAGCAGGUUAUGGUGUUCCAAGACCAGCAAAAAAAUAA